AAAAAAAAUUGAUAAAAUGACUGAAUUAGCAAAAAGUUCUUAUUGGACCGAGAUGGAACAAAAGAUUACAAAUGAAUUAGUGUUAAAAACACAGAGAAGAUUUGGAUAGUUUGAGCAUAAGAUAAAUGAUGGUAGUAUAUAAGAAUACUUAAGUUAUUUAAUAAAUAAUUGACUCUUAUGAAUUAAGUUAUAAGAGUGAUGUAAUAAUGGAUAAUGGAGCAAUUUACAGUGGAGAGAUGAGAAAUAAUCAAAGGUGUGGAAGAGGAACACAAAUUUGGAAAGAUGGAUCUAUUUAUGAAGGGUUUUUAUCUAAAGUUAUAUUUAGAACUUGGUUAGAUGGUUAAGCAUUUGGUUUUGGGAGAUAGAUUCAUUCAGAUGGUGAUAUGUAUUAAGGAAAUUGGAAUGAAAAUAAAUCAAGUGGAUAUGGAGAGUAUUAUCAUUAAAAUGGAGCAGUUUAUAAAGGAGAAUGGAGCGAGGAUAAAUAGGAUGGAAAGGGAAUGGAAAAAUGGCCAAAUGGAAAUUAAUACAUAGGAUUCUAUAAAUAAGGAUAAAAAGAGGGGAAGGGAAGGUAUAUUUGGAGUGAUGGUUCUGAGUAAAAUAAAUAAUUAUAAUUAGAUAUAAUGGAGAUUUCUGUCAGAAUGAUAUUUAAGGUUAAGGGAUUUAUAAAUGGUCAGAUGGAAGAAUAUACGAGGGUUAAUGGAAAUAUAAUAAAAUGGAUGGAUAUGGAACAUAUAUUUGGACUGAUGGGAGAAAAUAUAUAGGAAAUGUAUUAUAAUAGAAUUAAAUUUAGUACAAAGAGGAUAAGAAAUAAGGAUAUGGUAAAUUUGUAUGGCCAGAUGGAAGAUCAUUUGAAGGUUUAUGGGAGAAUGGUAAAUAACAUGGAGAAGGAGUCUUUAUAACAGAAAAUGGAUAGAGAAAAAAAGGAGUUUGGUGUGAAGGUAUCAGAACAAAAUGGUUAGAAGAGGAAUAGUGAAUUUACAAUUUAUAGAUUUUCAUUUAAAGCAAC